AUGACUCCUAAAAGCCAAUUUUAUGUAGAUUAUGUCUUCAAACGGUCUUUGGGUAUAUCUCAAAGGAACCAACAUCCAGAGGUUCCAAUUUUAAAAAUAGAUAUAAAUACAAUAGAUACACCAGAUAAAGCACUUAGAAGAGACAUACUUCUUGGAACAAUCUCAUCGUGGCCAUUUUAUCUUGUUUCAGUUCCUAAAUGUACUCAGAAUAUACCAUAUUUCUUGCAUUUCUUUGAAAAUGAAACAAUGUUUGAAAAUAUAAGAGAAAGAAAUGAGAACGUAAAUGAUACUGAAGAGGAAGAAAUUCGAUAUGAAGGGGAUAUUCAUUUAUGGCAACUUACUCCUAACGAAAAGGUUAAAUUGAUGAAAAAAAUUACAUUUAAGCCUCUUUCUAUUAAUAACAUACCAAUUAUUUCUUUAGAAACAAUAUGGGAUACGACAAAACAUACAUUAACACAGGUUUUAUUAAGGAGAUAUAUAUGUGUAACAGACGAAAUGGAAUCUAUGUGUGGUGGAUGGAUUGAAGUAAGACGAGUACAAUUAUCUCCACAGAACAAUAUUCUGGACAUGAAAUCCAUGGCAGUUCCAGCAGGAGAAGGGAAUAUUUAUAACCAUGCAUGUUUUUCGUAUUUAAAAUAUGGGUUAAUACCCGUUUUAACGAAUACACGGAUUAUUUUUUUUCCAUAUUAUCAUAUGAAUAAUUAUGAUGACCAGACUUUAUAUGAUAAUAAAGUUUGGCCUUCAUCAUCAUCUUUCGAACUCGAAAUAUGGUCAAACACUUCUUCUAAAGAAUUAUUGCCAGUUGUCUUUGAAUUAGAUCUUUAUAUUGAAAAACUAUUAGAAGAUACAAAUCAUUGUUCUUCCAAUAUACCUGUUCUAAAUCACUUUCAUGCUGAAUUUAUAACAUCUUAUAAAAGAAAAAUUAACAAUUCUUCAUUAUUAGAUUUUGAAGGUGUCACAAUUAUAGCUGGGGGCCUUGGAAAAACAAUAUUGAUUGUGACACAACUCCGAAUUAUCCCAUGGAAAAGAACUGUUAUUCCUUUUAAUAUAAAAAUAUGGUCAUUGAAAACUCCUGCACGAACACCAAUCAAAGCUAUUCAAGCAGGCUUUUCUUUUACACUAGGAAAAAAACUUGAAGUGCACAAUUGUCAUGAACAUUGUAUUAAUAAUAAAUAUAAAUUAAUGGAAUCUUAUCAAAACGAUGGUUUAGGUUAUUCAAGAAGUUUAAAAGAACUCCGUUGUGAAGAGCUAGGAAUUACUCUUUUAAAUACAGGAUGGCGUUAA